AUGGGUUCUUGUAAUUCUUGCAAUAAAUAUGAAUAGGCUCUCUCAAAUUAAGAAUUAUAAGACGGAACAAAUUCGACACAAUAAGUUAAGAAAAUUGAAUAAUUGAGAGAUAAACCUAAGAAGAAUGAUUAUGAGGACUAUCCUGUUGCUGAUGAAAGUUGUCUAGAAAAUAGCUCUUAACUACCAAUUUUUAUUAAAUAAAAAGAGAUCAGAGACAAUCUAGUUUAAGAAAGAAUGAACAGAUUCAUGAAAGAUAUUGAAGAGGAAGUAAAAUAUCGAAUAAAGUAGAUGUAGAAUAUAUAGAUGAUUACCUAGAUAACAAGAAGAGUAGAUCUAAAUUGAAAAUGCGUAAUAAAAUUAGUUAUGGUCAAAGUCACUCAAAAAUUAAUAAAAGGAUUCAUCUGUUUCCAACAAUGAACACCUCCAUCAAACUAUUUCAUUUUAAAACUCUUAAAAUUUUCAAACACUCCGAAAUAUUCCUGGUAAAACUUACUUACCUAAAUAAUUCUCAUAAUUUGCACCAAAAAAAGACAGCGAAACCAAUACUCUAAAUUCAUAGAUGAGUUUAACAAUGAAUUCUUUAAAAACUAAGACUGCAUCAAAUAAAAAUAAAUUCAUCUCUAUUCUUAAAGAAAAUGAAAAAAGUUCUCAAGCAAGUUUAGGGAGUCUUAAUGAGAACAAAGAGCCUUCUCUCUCUUAAGAAAUGUAAUUCAGCGAUAAUUAACCUGAGCUUUUUUCAAGUAACGCUAGUAAAGAAAGAAGUUCAAGGAGCAUUCUAAAAAAUAGUUAAAGGUUCUUAAGUCUUGAAAGAAAUUUGUCUUUAAAAUCCACCUGUACAAAUUUAAAGUAAAAAAAAGUGUCUUUCUCAUAAGAUACUAAAUAUUUUACAACAAGAGGACUCAAAAGAAAUCCUACAACCUUAUUUAACUAAUGA